AUGGAAGAAAUUGGAUCGCGCCAUUUUUCAAUUCAAAGCAGUGAAGGAAUAGAAAUGAAAUCAUUCACAGAAUCACAGAACUUGAAGGCUUUGUUGGAACCGCAAGGAAGGAUUAUCACAUUCAUUAGUGAUCGUGGUGUUGGUUUGUUGAAGGCAUUUGAUCUCAUUUUUCCUGGUAAUCCUCAUCUUUACUGUUAUCAUCAUUUGCGAUACAACCUUAGUCGAAAGUAUAAGAACAAAAGAGGGGAAAUUGUUGUUGCUGAUGUGUUACAAAAAUUCUUUAAAGUGGCUUAUGCAUCGACUGAGAAGUCUUUCUACUUUCAUUUAAAAAAUUUGAGAGAUGAGGGUGGUGCUGCUACUAUUGAUGAAUUCAUAAGGGAGAUUCCAUUGGAACAUUGGUGCCGUGCUUUUUUUAAAGGUUGUCGGUAUGGGAUUAUGGCAAAUGGUAUUGCUGAAUCCUUUAAUAACUGGAUUGUUGCUGAGCGUUCACUGCCCCCUUUUGCUAUGUUAAAUCAAACUAGAAUGAAAGAAAUGAAGAUGAUGCCAGAAAGGAGUGUUGAGUCGAAAUCUUGGACUACCAAGCUUACUCCUAAAAUGGAGAAGAGGCUGAAAGAGCAGCUUGAUAGGUCUCGUGUGUUCAGAGUGAUUGCUUCCCAUGAAAAUGUUUAUGAGGUUAGGAAUGAUAAGUACUCCUAUUCAGUGGAUCUCUCUAUACAAGGUGCAAGACUUGAUGUGUAUGAUUUCAUUGAUCCUUAUUUUACUGCUGAAUACUAUAGGAUGUGUUAUAGCUUUCCUAUUGCACCUCUGAGUAAGUGGAUGCCUCUUGUUCUUCCACUGAGGACUUUAUACUACCUCCUGUUACAAAGAGGCCGGCUGGGAGGCCUAAAUCAAAGAGGAUAG